AUGGUUGAAGCUCAAAGAUUUAGGAUAGAGCAAGAGAUGACGAACCUUGUCAACGAGUUAGACAAGAGUUAUUUACGAAAAAUGCAAGGGGAUAUGCACAGAUGCGCUGCACAGUGCUGUGAUGACCCUAAUUCUUCUUUGGAGCGAGUACACGGUUGCAUAGAUAACUGUACAGCACCUCUCAACCAAGCUAACAAUUAUGUACAGAAUGAAAUUAACCAUUUACAAAACCGACUACAGAGAUGUGUAAUGGACUGCAACGAUGCUGCCAGAGAUAAAUUGGGAGCAGAUCCAAAUCAGCAAACGAUAGACAAAUGUACCAUAGAAUUCGAGAAUUGUGCAGUCAAAUGUGUCGAUAAACACAUCGGAAUUAUUCCCAGUAUGAUGAAGACAAUGAAGAAGGUUCUAGCAAGCGGUAAGCCGCCCCCGCCGCGGUCAGAAUGA